AUGAAUCUUAGUUGCCAUUGUAAUGAAUGUGGUGGCAAUAUUCGUAAGAAACUGUUAAUAAAGAAUGAAACUGAUAAUAACAUAAUCUAGAAACCUAUAUAAAUAAAAUUACAUGAAUUAGAAAGAACUCCUAAAAAUCAAGAAAACUUACUAAAAUCAAGUGGAACUGCAUCCAUGUACAACUUAAACAUAAUUUUAGUCAUUCAACUACUAAUAAUGUUAUUAAAUCCAAAUUCAAACCAAUGUCUUAAAUUUUAUAAAUGGUGUAUGUCAAAAGUGCAAUCUCCAAACUUAUGUUAUCUAAUAAUUUAUAAUAAUAGUUAUUUCAAUCAUCUCCUAAUACUCUUACAGAUUUAACACCAAUAUAAAAUAAUUAAAAGACAUCAGAUUAAAAAGAUAUGCAUAAUCAAUUAUUUGGAUAAAGAAUUAAAACUGAACCAAUUCUUGGAAAUUAAUAACUAGCAAUAAAAAGAAAAACAUUUUAUUAUCCUCGAGUAUCAAAUAUUACUAAAUUGGGAGUUUCAAAUCCUUUGAAUUUUUAGGAUAUCUUUGAUAAAAAGUUAUCAUUAAAAUUAGCUCCUCCUCUUACUAGUAGAUACAAAUCUCCAGAAAAUAAAAAAUAAAGAACAUUAUCUUAAAGAAUUCAAAAUACUUAUUUCAAAAAUAUUGACUAAAAAUUGAAAAACAGUACAAAAAAAUGA